AUGCCUCAAACGACGCCAAGGUCCCCUUCGAGGCGAGACUCGUGGCCACCUACUCUAGUGCGCCUCGCCCCAACGAUUCCAAAGGAGUAUCCUUCACUAGACGAUAUCGACGACGACCCACUCACUUAUUUCUUGACCCCCGCUCCUGACCUGGAGGACGCUGACGAGGAUGUCGACAUGAUGGACUUUGACGCUGGGAUCGAGGACAACAGCCCGCGCGACAUUGUACGCAGCGUGAGCCCGUCGACCCUAGACAGCCUGAAUAAGGCCAAGGGCCGCAGGUCACCGCCGGUACCUGACCUUUCCGACAUUGCCACGCCUGAUACCGACGACGACGACGACGACGACAGCGAGGACUACGUUCGCUUUGCACCACAGGGCUUUAUGGUACCUUUCAGCCUGCGCGACUUCGCGGUAGACGGCGCCAAGUUCAAGUCACGGCCAAAGCCUUCAGACGUGCUCCUUUCGCCCCUGUUCUUCCCGCCUAGUCGAGACCGGGCCCUUGUGCGACCAGGCGGGCGAGGCCGCCAGCGGAGCGUCUCUUUCCGCCACCAGCGCUCACAGCGUGUUUGGCGCGAGCCCAGCCCGGACGUCUGGUCCAUUGAAGAAGAGACAGAGCAGGAACUUGUGAGCGAGAUAGGCAGCAGCAUCGGCGGCACGAGCGACGUCGGGAACGCGGAGGACGUGCCGGAGGCGGACAUGGACAAAGACAUAGAGGCUGCGAAGUCAAGAAAGAAGGUCCGGUUUCUGUUGCCCGCGAGGGAGUGA